AAGAUGAUGAAAGAAUAGCUAACAUAAUUAAUAAUAUAACAGAUAAAGAAUUAUUUAACAUGUCAAUAUAUCAUCUUUUAGAUUAUCGAGAAUUUAGAGCGGAUACAGUAUUAGGUUGGACAAUAGGUUUUGCCUGGAUCUCGAAUUCGGUAGUAGGAAUUUAUCUUUUGGUCCGACUUAUCCAACGAGCGAGACUUGUUCUUGAUUUUAGUUUGACCCUUCAUUUCUUCCAUCUCCUGAUAACAAGUUAUUAUUCUGGUCACGUGCCCACGACAUUUAUUUGGUGGGCAUUAAAUGUGACCACCUGUUGUAUAAUGAUUUUUGGUGGUGAACUUUAUUGUAUGAAAAAAGAGAUGGAACCAAUUUUAUUAAAUGAAGAUGGGGUUGGUGUUAACUUAGGAAUUGGUGGUGGAGAAGGAAGUAGUAAUUUAAAUAUUAAUAAUUUGGGUAAAACGAAAACCAGUGCAGAUGUUGAUAGAGAUAGAUAUGAAAUGGUACCAAUGGAAGAAAUAGAAGUGGGUGGAUAA